AUGAAAGAUCCAGCUGGAAUAUUCGAAUUAAUCGAAGUAGUUGGCAAUGGCACGUAUGGUCAAGUUUUUAAAGGCAGACAUGUCAAAACUUCACAGUUGGCUGCCAUAAAAAUUAUGAAUAUCAAUGAGGAUGAAGAAGAAGAAAUCAAGAUGGAAAUCAACAUGCUCAAGAAAUAUUCACAUCAUCGUAAUAUCGCUACUUAUUAUGGAGCCUUUAUUAAGAAAUUGCCUUCAUCAACAGGAAAACUGGAUCAGUUGUGGCUAGUAAUGGAAUUUUGUGGUAGUGGAUCGGUGACAGAUCUUGUAAAAAGUACCAAAGGCAAUUCCCUUAAAGAAGAAUGGAUUGCUUAUAUAUGUCGUGAAAUUCUCAGAGGCUUGUAUCACUUACAUCAAAAUAAAGUAAUUCAUCGUGAUAUAAAGGGACAAAAUGUUUUACUUACCGAUAGUGGCGAAGUUAAAUUAGUCGAUUUCGGUGUAAGCGCUCAGCUCGACAGAACUGUUGGACGCAGGAACACAUUCAUAGGAACUCCUUAUUGGAUGGCACCAGAAGUGAUAGCAUGUGACGAGAACCCAGACGCAACGUAUGAUUCGCGUAGUGAUCUAUGGUCACUGGGAAUAACAGCGCUAGAAAUGGCAGAAGGUCAUCCACCACUGGUUGAUAUGCAUCCCAUGAGAGCGCUUUUUCUUAUACCUCGUAAUGCUCCACCUCGAUUGAAAAGAGGCAAAAAAUGGUCUAAGAAGUUCGAGUCCUUCAUCGAAACAGUUCUAGUUAAAGAUUAUCAUCAACGGCCAUACACAGAUCAACUUCUGAGGCAUCCAUUUAUCCGCGAGCAACCUCCUGAAAGACAAACACGAAUAGCAAUCAAAGAUCAUCAAGAUAGGCAUCGUAGAAUUAUAAAUAAAAAAGAUGAAACAGAAUAUGAAUAUUCGGGUAGUGAUGAUGAUGAAAAUCACGGACAGAUUGGCAAAUCGCUCGAUGUUGCAGCAGAAUUAGCGGGCGUUGUGCAGCCAGUUCAAGACAGUACGCUGCGAAAAGGCUUUCAACGUUUGCAGGAAAACAACAAAAAUAUGUUUGAGCACUCACCAUCUCAACCCAUUAGACAACGUUCAGCUCUUGUGGGACCAGUCGUUUUGCCAUCUGGACAGCAUCACAUUUCACAGCAUCAGCAAAAGCAUCCCUCUAAUUCUCAAGCGUAUCAUCGUAAUCCUACUUUCAUCGAUGAACCCUCUCGGGAACACGUCAAACUGAGGCAGCAACAAGUAGAUCCACGCUUAGCGUUAAACGGUUUGAGUCAUCAACGUCAUGGUGAUCACAAUAGACGCUCACAACGGCCUUUUUCUCAUCAUCAGGCAUUCCAGCGUGGCAUAUCACCGCAUCAUUCGAGUGCUUUAAUGCCUCAGCCAAAUCAUCCAGCUGCUCCACAUCUUGCUGAUCUUGCUAAUUACGAUCGAAAACGUCGGAGUGAAAAAGAAGCUGCACGAGCUGCAGCUGAGCAGCGACGUGAUCGGAGUGCCGCAUCACGCGAUCAGGUUCGUGAUAUGUCUCGAGAACUUAAAACUUCACAUAUUGCUCGUAUUAAUCCUUCAGUAGCUGCUGCAAUGCCGGUGCGAAAGAUGAGUGAUCCUGUUUUAAAUGGCAAGACUGAAAAUCAAAAUUUGGAUGUACUAGCAAAUGAAUUAACUCGAAUGGGAAGACAUCAACAAAAUGGUAAUUAUAGUCCACCUCCCCCUGCUCCACCACCACGUGAUGCAUCGAUAAUGAACGCAGAUGAGGCUAGUGCGUCUCACGAUGGUACUCUCUUAGCCAGUGAACCUGGUUCCGGGCAGCAUGAAAAUAUGCUGGAAGAAGGUACACUUCGCGGACCAAAUAAACCAUUACCACCUACACCGACGGAUCAUUCACCAAUAUCAGACAUUCCAGGCGAUGAUGGAACAUUGCUUGCUUCACGCAAGGUUAAUGGUAGCAUAGAUGUUCAUCGUCCCAAUAACAGUGAUUCAUUAAGUAAGACUCGACAAUCUCAAAUGGUGAAAGCUGCUUCCAUGCCUGAUCAGACAUCAUCAGUGGCUGAAUUAACUGGAUCUGGUUCUAGUGGAAGUGAAGGUUCUGGUUCAUCACCUGAGGCAUCACCUUUUGAUGCUCGUAAAAGCACUAGUCGUACGUCGGCUUCGGCAGCAGGUGGACAGCGAUGUGGUGUUAUGCCAGAUUUGUUACCGAGAACUCCUAUUGAACGUUCGGUCCCAUUUCUUGCCUUUACUAAAGAUGGUAAUUCCGCUAGUAUCGAAUCACAAAGUGUUGAAGAAUUUCCUUCCGGCGUAAAUAGUUUGCCGAAAACACAGGCACCGUUAGCAGCACGUGAUCGUGAAAAGUCAUUUGUUGCAUAUUUUGGUGCUGGUAUCAAUGGAGGUGGAACAGUAAAUCGACCAGGAAGAGCACAAGAUACUAAUCAGGUGCAAGUCAAUGUUAAUCCUAAUCCAGGAGUAGCAAGCAACGGUCUUCAUUCUGAUGGUGACGCUCCAGAAAUUCGCAAAUAUAAAAAGAAAUUUAGCGGUGAUAUUUUAUGUGCUGCUCUUUGGGGAGUCAAUUUGCUAAUAGGAACAGACUCUGGUUUGAUGUUACUCGACCGUAGUGGUCAGGGCAAAGUUUAUCAGCUAAUAACACGCCGUCGUUUCGAGCAGAUGACUGUUCUUGAAGGUCAAAAUAUUCUUGUAACAAUAAGUGGGCGAAAACGACGAAUUCGUGUGUAUUACUUGUCAUGGCUCAAACAGAAAAUUCUCCGAACUGAAGGUGUUAGCGGCAUUGAGUUAGAAAAAAGAAAUGGAUGGGUAAAUGUUGGUGAUUUACAAGGUGCGGUUCAUUUCAAGAUUGUUCGUUAUGAAAGAAUCAAAUUUCUGGUAGUCGGCCUUGAAAGUACUAUUGAAAUUUACGCUUGGGCUCCGAAGCCUUAUCAUAAAUUUAUGGCUUUCAAGGCAUUUAGUCAUCUUGUACAUUUGCCACUGAUAGUUGAUUUGACUGUAGAAAAGAAUUCUCGUCUGAAAGUAUUGUAUGGGUCACGAGAAGGAUUUCAUGCUAUCGAUUUGGAUUCUGGUUCAGUUGACGACAUUUAUACACCUGCUAAUACAGAAACAGUUGUUACACCACACUGUAUCGUGAUUUUGCCCAAUAGUAAUGGGAUGCAGUUAUUGUUAUGCUACAAUAACGAAGGUGUGUACGUAAGUACUUAUGGCAAAGCGACAAAAAGUGUAUUUUUGCAAUGGGGUGAAACUCCUUCUUCUGUUGCAUACAUUUCAACGGGUCAGAUAAUGGGUUGGGGUAACAAAGCCAUAGAAAUUAGAUCUGUUGAUACUGGUCAUCUUGAUGGUGUUUUUAUGCACAAGAAAGCACAAAAAUUAAAAUUUUUAUGUGAACGCAACGACAAAGUAUUCUUCUCCAGUGCAAAAGGAGGUGGUGCAUGCCAGAUAUACUUUAUGACACUGAAUAAACCAGGAUUAUCGAAUUGGUGA